AUGACUCGGUGUGUUAUUAUAAUAUUCUCGCUUGUCUUGUUACUACUUGAGACUACAACUGCCAACCAAUUGGUAGCAGUGAGAGGAGGAGAUGAUAAUGGUUCUGUGAAGAAGUGUUUUGAUAAGGAGAGACAUGCUCUCCUUCAUUUCAAAGCUGGCCUUCAAGACCCCUAUGAUACUCACUCUACAUGGAGUGUUGACCAACAUGACUGCUGUGAAUGGGAUUGGGUGGUUUGCAACAACCGAACAGGUCAUGUGGAAGGGCUUAUUAUUGGGAACGGUGGUCUUGUCGGUGUCAUCCCUAGUUCCAUUGGUUUCUUGACCAAAUUAGAGAUAUUUGACCUUUCCGAGAACUCUCUCUGUGGAAGCAUUCCUCCAGAGUUUGGAAACCUCACAAAGUUGAUAAUUCUUAACCUUAUUGAACUUCAUCUCUCUUACAACAUGUUAGAUGGGAUACCCAGAUAUCUUGGUAAUCUUUGUAGUUUGGAACGGUUGUACUUUACUAACAACUCCGCUGUUGUUAACUUUCCUUCUUUUCUUAACAACCUGUCUGGAUGCACAUCUCAUACAUUGCGAGAGUUGUAUGCCUCUCAUACCCGAUUUACAGGGUCAGUUUCCGAUGAAACCCAAACACUGAAAAAUCUUACCCAUCUUGUCAUGAGCUCUUGCAAGCUAGGCCCUCGCUUCCCUAGAUGGAUUCAUAUACUGAAAAAACUUACCCAUCUUGAUAUAUCCGAUAACAAAAUUUCAGACACCAUUCCUUUGGAUUUUUGGGGCAUGUGGCCUUCUCAAUUAAUGUACUUGAAUCUAUCUUCCAACAACAUCAGCGGGAAAGUACCUGAUAUAUCAUCAAAUUUUGGCAACAACUCAGUGAUAGAUUUGAGUUCCAACAGCUUAUAUGGCACAAUACCCGAUGUCCCUUCCACUUUGAUGUUAUUAAAUCUUUCCAGAAACAAGUUGGGUGGAGGAAUCCCGCUUUUAUGCCAGAUUGUCGAUGGUCUUUUACAAUUUCUUGACCUCUCACAUAACUCUCUAACCGGACAACUUCCAGACUGUCUGCAGCAGUUCAAACAACUAAAGCUUCUUAAUCUUGGACACAACAAUCUAUGUGGAAGGCUUCCUAGCUCUAUUGGAUCUUUGAUAAAUCUUGAGGCAUUGUAUGUAUACAAGAACAAUUUCUCUGGAGAAUUACCUCUGGCUUUAAAGAGUUGCACAAGUUUAAACUCGUUGAAUUUAGGAGCCAACAAGUUUUCUGGUAAUGUGCCGAUCUGGAUUGGGGAAAACCUAAAGGGGUUGUAUGCUCUUAUCCUAGGAUCUAACAACUUCUUCGGAACCAUUCCACUGCAAUUAUGUCAAUUAGGAAAUCUUCAAAUUUUAGACUUGUCAAGGAACAAUCUCCAUGGGACCAUCCCUUCAUGUUUGAAUAAUCUAACAAGCAUGGUUCCACAAGGAUUCUUACUGCCACAAAAUAUGCAUAGCUUUCCAAUUUUCUUGUAUCCUUUAGGUGGUGGUGGUAUUGUUAAUCUCCAUGAAACUCAGUAUCAGUAUGUUGACCAUGCAAUAAUAGAAUGGCAAGGAAAUGAACGUGAAUUCUUUAGGAAUCUGAGAUUGUUAAAGAUGAUUGACCUGUCAAGCAACAACUUAACAGGACAAUUCCCAUAUCAACUUACCAAUCUCUACGAACUUGUUGCCCUGAACUUAUCAACUAACGCCCUAGUUGGAGAGAUUCCUGUGAAUAUUAGUCGGAUGAAAAACCUUAUAUCUUUGGAUUUAUCUAGAAAUAAUUUUUCAGGAGGGAUACCAUCAAGCAUGUCUCAAAUGACUUUAUUGAAUGACCUAGACGUCUCAUUUAAUAAUUUGUCAGGGAGAAUACCAUCUAGCACUCAACUCCAAUCCUUUGCAACUUCAAGAUAUGAUGGAAACACACAACUUUGUGGACCUCCCCUUACUAAAAAGUGUCCUGGAGAUGAACUAGAAGUGCCACCUGCCAUUGGUGAGCGUGAGGGCGAUGGAGAAGGCGUGGAUGAACUCCGGGGAUGGUUCUAUAUGGGAGGGGGAAUUGGUUUUGCUACUGGAUUUUGGAUAGCAUGUGGGGCUCUACUCCUUAAUCGUCGUGGGAGACAUGUUUUUUUUCAAUUUCAUGAUAAGUUCAGAGAUUGGGUUUAUGUGAAGAUAGUAGUGUUCUUUGCAAAUUUUCAAAGGUUUGUACAUGCAUAGUUUCUCGUCUAAUAUUUUCUGGUUUUUUCCUAGUAUAUAUGUUGUCUUAAACAUACCUAUUAUUGUUCUUAUUCGUAUUAACGGCUAGAUGUAUAGUAAUGUAAUUUGGCAGGGGUUUCAAGUCCCCAAUAUCAAUAAAAUUGCCACCAACACCACCAUGGGUGGCCAUUUUCUUGU